UGUACAAUCGCUCUUUUAUAUCACGUCCCAGCUGGUACAAUGUGGAGAAAGAUCCAAUGCUGUUUGACCUUUGCCCUCCUGCUGAUGGUGGCCUCGGCUGACCACCAUGAGGGCCACGAUGAUGCAGAACAUUCCGCAGAUCACCAUAACCACCUCCACCAUGGCCAGAAUGAACCCCAUCCCAACCACGAGGGAAACGAUCAUCACAGCCACAAAAUCUCAGCUCAAAAUGCAGACUUCGCCUUUGCGCUGUACAACAAAUUAAACAGUCAUGAUGACACCAAAGGCAAGAACAUCUUCUUCUCUCCACUGAGCAUCUCCAUGGCUCUGUCCAUGCUGGCUGUGGGAGCUAAAGGUGAGACCCACUCACAGAUCUUCAGCACUCUGGGCUACAGUUCCCUCACCGAGGAUCAGGUUAAUGAAGCCUAUGAGCACCUGAUGCACAUGCUGGACCACAGCCAGGAGGCCAUGCUCCUGGAGACAGGAGGCGGUCUGGCUGUCCGAGAAGGGUUCAAACCUGUCGACAAGUUUCUGAAGGAUCUUCAGCACUUCUAUCAUACAGAGGCCUUCGCUGUGGACUUUUCCAAACCCAAAGUUGCUGUUGAAGAGGUCAACAAGUUUAUCGCCAAGAAGACCAAGGACACCAUCACUGACAUGGUCGAGAGCCUGGAACCUGAAACCAUCAUGGUGAUCAUCAACUACAUCUAUUUCAAAGGAAAAUGGGAGAAGCCGUUUCUAGCAGAUGGAACCCGCAAAUCCAACUUCCACGUGGACGAGAACACUAGGGUCUCUGUUGACAUGAUGAAGGCAAAGGAUGAACAAUACAGUGUCUAUAUCUCCAAAAACUUCACCCUUGUCAAUUUGCCCUACCAUGGCAAUGCUUCCAUGGUUGUCAUUCUUCCCAGUGAGGGAAAAAUGGAGGAAGUGGAGAAACACAUUAACAAAGAUGAGCUCAGGGACUGGAUACAGAAAGCCCACUCGAGGUCUGUGGAACUUUAUAUGCCCAAGUUCUCCAUCUCUGCUUCUGCUUCUCUCGGGGACACUCUACAGGAAAUGGGGAUUGUUGAAGCCUUCACAGACAAGGCAAACUUCACCGGGAUGAGUGAGGAUGUAGAACUGAAAGUUUCUGAAGUUCUCCAUAAGGCGAUCCUCAAAGUGGAUGAGAAAGGCACUGAAGCAGCUGGUAGCACCACUGUAGAGAUUGUACAGAGGGCUAUGCCUGUACCUAUAAAAAUAAACAGACCCUUCCUGGUCUUCAUUGUGGAAGAAGCUGUCAAGAGCAUCCUCUUCAUGGGCAAGAUCGUCAACCCUGCUGAAUAAAAACAGCUGGAUCGCAUUGCGUCUGAACCACAGUGUAUUAAACUAACCUCGUUGGGAAAUUUGUUUGGAUCUUGUUGUUUCUGAUCUCUGGGGGAAUGUUCUGUAUGUUUAGAAUGGAAUUGGGAGUUUGUUCAACAUGAAAAUGAGCAACGUCUAAAUAAAAAAGCACCGAAAAACA